GAAUACAUAUCUACAUUAAGUAAUCGAGUAUUGUACGAUAAUCGAUCUAUCGUUUACAAAAAUACAACUCGAAGAAUAGAACAAAGUGAAAAAAACAAUAUUAAUGUUGCCUUAUUAUUUAUUUUAUCCAUUAUUAUAUUGAUAUUCACAGAUCACUGAGACUUAAAGAAUAAAAAUUUUUUUUUAUUAUUUAUCUGUAUAAUAUAUUACUCAAUUUUCCUAACCUAAAAUACAUUUAUGUAUAUAUAUAUAUAUAGUGUCUAUAAAAAUUUUCUGGUUUUUAAGUGAUAAUAAAUUGGACAUAUAUAAAUACGAACAUAUGUGUAAAAUACGAUAGAAGAUUAAUAUUUUUGUAAUUUAUUGUUUAUUAUCAUAAAAUGCAACAUUUAUGGAAUGAUCUUGAUCAGGCAACUGAGACCAAUCUUAUUAGUAUUGCACUAAUGCAUCAUGGCUUAGUUCUUUUGGAAGAUUGUAAAGCUAUCUUACGAAGAGAUUAUUCUAAUAUGACUGAUAAAGUUAAAUUAAUAUCUGGCGGAGGAAGUGGUAAUGAACCGGCUCAUACAGGCUUUGUAGGUCCUGGUAUGUUGACUGCUGCAAUUUGUGGAGAUAUUUCAUCAGCACCACCAGUAAAUUCUAUAUUAAGAGUUAUUGAUGAAAUUGGCACCAAUCAUUCUCCUGGUGUGCUGUUGAUAGUUCAAAGUUAUCCUGGAUAUCGUAUAAAUUUUGGAUUAGCCAAAUUACGCGCAGAAAGUAUGGGGAUAUAUGUAAAAAUGAUAAUUGUUGGAGAUGAUGUCUGCUUAGAAGCUGACGAAAAAAGUAUAGAAAAACGUGGUUUAGCCGGUAUAUUAUUUAUUAAUAAAAUAGCUGGUGCAAUGGCAGAAAAUGGGGAAAAUUUAGAAACUAUUUGUAAUGUAUGCAAUAGAAUCAUAAAUAAUGAAGAAAUUGCAACUAUUAGCAUAGGGAUGAAAAUAUCUUUCUCUUAUAAAGACAAUUUAUGUUCACGGAAUAGCAGUGUUGCAAAGAUGGAGAUAGGAUAUGGUAUUAAUGGUGAAUCAGGUAUUUGUCAAGUAAAUGCAUCAUCCAUUGAGGAUGUUGUUACUCUUAUAGUAAAUAAACUGGUAGUAUCAUCUCAGAACUCAAACGAAACAACAAAUGUCAGAAGGUUUCCUGUUGGCCAUAGUGUAGCUGUUAUAGUAAACAAUCUUGGAGGCACUAACCAGAUAGAAUGUAAUAUAUUUACACUUGAAGUUCUUAAACAAUUAAAGGUCUUGGAUUUAUUAGUGCAAAGAGUAUAUACAGGUCAUUUAAUGACAUCAUUGGAUUCUUAUGGUUUUCAAGUCUCAUUACUGAAUCUUUCUGUUGAUUCCAAUCUAAUUAAAUAUCUUGAUACUCUAACAUUAGCACCUGCUUGGCCAAAAGUAUUGACUGCUGAAAUGGUUGGAUUUGAACAAACUCAUGACUUAGAAAAAGUUGUUCCAACAAAAUAUUGCAGGGAAUAUUGCAAUGGUAGUUUACCUUCUAUAGAGGCCAAAGGAGCUAUGAUAGAUAAUAGAACUGGACAAGUGCUUUUAAUUAUUAUAUCUUUUGCAUGUGAAGCAUUGAUAGUUUGUGCAGAACAAUUGAAUAUAAUGGAUAAAGAAUGCGGUGAUGGUGAUUGUGGUACUACACUCGCACGAGGAGCAAAUGCCAUAAAAACUGCAAUCAAAGAGAAUAAAAUAAACAGUACAAAUCCUUUUGUCACUUUUACACAUAUUAGUUGUAUUAUAGAAAAAGAAAUGGGUGGAUUGCAAGGAGGAUUGUAUUCCUUAUUUUUUCAUGCUAUUGCUAAGGUUUUUGCUGAAACAAACGAUCAGGUAAUACCUCGUACAUGGUUGAACGCAUUGAUUGCAGGAAAUAAAGUGAUAUCAGAAUUUGGAAAAGUAUCAUUUGGAGAUAGAACAAUGCUAGAUCCUUUAAUGAGUGCACAAAAUAUGUUAUCUAAUGCAUUAGAUGCCAAAAUGCAUCCUAUUCAAGCAUUUGGAGAAGCUGUUAAGGCUGCAGAAAAAUGUGCUAUUCAAACAAUAUAUACGCGUGUCCGUAAAACUAGCUUAAUGAAACUCAAAAAAUUCAAAUAUCCUGACCCUGGAGCACACGCAAUUGGCAUAUGGAUGAGAGCUGCAUACGAAGGUGUAAAAUUAAAAUUAGUUUGUCAGUGUGAAUUAUGAAAAAUGACAUUUUAGUCGGAAUCUUAUUUAUAAUGUUUUUGAAAAAUUUUAUAAAUUAAAAUUAAUUAUUUAUAGAUUUUAUAAAAUAAAACAUGUCAUAUAUACUUACCCGCUUAUACAUACCAACGCAUGCAUAUUCAAUUUAUCAUUGACAUAACGGGUGUUUUAUUAUAUUUUUAAAAAUGGAUACAUGAAAUAGACAUAUAGAAUAUUGUAAUUGUCAUAAGGGCCACAAUUUGAAAACAGAUCCUUUGAUUGUACUUCGACUUAAACUAACAAUUUCAUGUAGAAUAAACUCCUUUUGAACACAUAA